GAAGAAUCGAUAAGGUCUGACUUAGCGUUUACGAAAACUAAUAUAAGCUGAGAAUUUUGGGCAUGUUUGUUUGUUUACAUUCAAGUCACCAUAUUUUUUGAUAUUCAUUGUUGCGCUACGCUGUCAGGUAAAUUGACAAAGGUAUAGUGUCGGAGUACUGAGUGUUGACGCUUCCUUUGUACCAUGGGUUACAGUUAUAGUGUAAAAGCUCUUUCCUAGAGGCUUUUGAGAUACGGAAAUGCGAUCCAGAAAGAACGAUAUCAGAGUUUCUCGAAAAUUCGUUCCAAAUCCCAUAGCAAUAAAACCGGAAAUAAGAGGCAGAUGUAUUAGACCCACAAGGAGUACAAAACCCAGUUUAAGGGAUGGAGUGAUUGAAGAAACAUCAACUUUGAACCAUGAUGGUGAGAAUGACAGCACUAAAGGUAGUCGCAUGUCUACUAGCAAGAAAACUGUUGGCUCCAGUAGAAUGGGGUCUACUCAAAAACUGAAAGUGUUGUCUGAGUCGAAGCAGAGGCGCAAUGAGUUCGAUGAUAACUCUUUAGUUUCUCCGGAUCAGAAGCGCAAACGGUCAGGAGCUGAAAAUUACAUCAACAAAAGGUUCCUGUACGACGUUGUAGAACCACCGAAACGUCGACAGAAAAAGUUCCUGCAUUUCUCAGAUCGGUCAACAGCUGCUCUCAUGGCUGUUUCAUCUGCUAAUCUGCUUAGAAGACACAAGUCUAAGACCAGGGUCUCUAGGCAGCAAUCAGGUGGUCGUGACCUGUUCUCACAUGUGCGAAGUCGGCACGGACGCCGCCUAAAGCCGAAGCAUGACUAUAGUCCUUCUCAAUCAGAUAAUGAGCAUUCUGUGUACAAUCCGUCUUUCGUCGCGGACAGCCGGCGGCGUAUCAGAAAGAAAGUCUUGGCUCCCACAGUGAAACCACGGUUAAAUUCCAAGUUGGAACGUAAUAACUGGCCAAGAAGUAAUGAAUGCAACAAAGACUUUUACUCAUCCGAUGAACAAGAUGACGAUGAACUCGAUGUAAUCAUUUCUCCUAAAGAUUAUUAUGCCGGUGCAUCGUGUCUACCAACUUAUACUGAUGUGUUCAAUGACAUUCAGAAAAGAGGAAAUAUUCCUCAAGACGAAACUUCAGAUUUUGUGGACAACUAUGGAAGACCGGAUCCAUGUGGACUUAAGAAUCGCGUGAACUCAAGGCGUGUACUUAGUCCAAACAAUAACCAAAAAGGUCCCACAAACUCGUUUUUACAUCCCCCAGUUUUCCGUGAAGAUGGAAUUUCUUCAGCAGUUGAUCAUCAUCCCAGCGAUAUACUCGAUUUUUGCGCAGGUUCAAACUCAGAACAGUUUUCACGUGGAGAAACAGCAUCAGAGGAAAUUAAUGGACAGGAAGACGAUGUAGGCUUAACAGAAUCACGUGGACUUAUAAGCAGACGCGUUCAGCAGGCUCAAGAUGAUCUGGAAGAAGACUUACUUGCCCCUGAACUUUCCUUAAUCACGGGUCCUAGUACUGUGGCUAAUCCUGAUGGUAUUUUGGUCUCAACUUUAACCGAUACUGGAACAGUAUUAUCUUGUAGUUCAGCUUCUGGAAGCAGUCGAAGAAAAUCUCCUGUUAGACCUAUGCAGGUGCUUAGAACUGUAUAUACCUCUACAUCAGCACCUACUAUUGCCUCACCAGCCAUGCUAGUCACAGGGUCAGAAAACAGCCCAUUUGUUUUUACUUCAUCAGUCGUCGCGAACACUAUGUAUACCAGACCUUCAGGAAUAGAGCUUGGACAUGAUGGAGGAGAUAUGCUGCCAUCUGGGAUGUGUUCCGUCCUUCCUGAUAACAAUACACAAUCAUUUAAUGAACCAAAUCAAUCUAUGGAAAAUAGUUUUAGCAUGAGCAUUUCUGAUUUGAAGAUUCACUCAUUAGGUGACCAGUCACAUCAAAUUCCAUCUUCUGCUCCACCUUCCACAUUGACAUCCCUCACUUCUGUUGCACAAGUUUCUGUUUCCUCUGAUGGUGCUAGUGGAUCCAAAGGGAAUACUGCGGUAUCAUCAGGCUUGCUGCCAUCGCUCCUUACUCAGUCAAACACGCGACCAGUCUCGGUUGUUCCACAGCCUAUCAUUUCUCGUGUUUUUAUGGCACCAAGUACGACGCGUUCAGUGACGACUCCUGUUACGAAACCUGUUUUAUCUGUUUCUCAUCCCACUGUCAAUUCAGUUUCUGCUCGACGGCGCCCAACGAUUUUGAGACGAGCUCUGGGAUCAGGCAUUGGCGCACCUGCCAACUCCUUGAUCACCUCACGCACAGUUUUUGAAACAUCAAAUACUGACUCUGAUCAAACAACUUCAUGUUCUAGCCGACCAGUUACUGUUUUCAACUCUAAUGGUGCUUCACAGCAGCAAAAGCCUAUUAGUUUAAUAACUACAGAAGAGCCUGGACCCUCCACCAGUUUAAAUACUGCAACCCCCAAACUACUACAGCUAGUUACCACAUCGUCUACCCCUUCAGACUGUUUGAAUCCCAAUCAAACUGCCAGUGAUCGUUUGUUUGGCAAGCGUCCUGCUGCUUACAACAAAGUUCCAUCACAUACGCCUACAACUGUACCAAAUACAUCCCAGAAUUCCGGAACCAUUCAUCAAAGUCCAACACCGACAAAUACAAGCAUUAACACUACAACUCCUUAUCGUUAUGCUGUUGUUCGAGGCUCUGCUGAUGGAAAGCAGUAUGUUUUAAUAAGCAAUCCCCGAGUAGUUGAUCAGCCUGCGCAUGAUCAACCGGUCGUGACAGUGAGCACAUCUGCAACAACUAACAGUACCCUUGAACCUACCUACGUUCAAACAUCCAUCGUUAGUAAGAAUCAUAAUUCCGAACAACUUUUCCCUCCUGAAUCGUGUAUAGCGAGAGCUUUUAAAGUUGAGAUUAAUGGUGCACACCUUAUUCGAAUGAAUUCAGAUGGACACUCCAUUGCAGGAAGUGACCGACAGUUCAGAACAAUUUAUACUACUCCUCAAGGAGCUACAACUAUGGCAGCUACAUGAAUUUACGUAACUGUAUCCUAAUAUCUCAUUUCAUUAUCUAAUACCACCAGUCAUACUGUUAUUCAGUUCUGCAAGUUAUUUUUUCAUUUAAAUCGCUGUUGAUCUGUCUAUUUUGUCAUCUGUUGUUUGUUACUUACAGUUAUGUUUUUUUUCGCCAACAUCUUGAUUAUAGAAGAUAAACUCAUUCUAUAGUCACCGUUAACACCCUAGUCCUCCGGUAUUGUUGAUUAAUUAAUUGCCUUACCUCUUUUUGCCUUCAUUUCACACGCUCUCUCUCUUUCUCAUUCAGUCCACACAUUGUUGCCAUUUCUACUUCUUUAUUCACAUGAAAUAUACUUCCUGAGCAAGAAGAAGAAGAUGGGCAAACUUAUUUUUCAUAUUUCUGAAAAUAUAAUCUUGUACAAUUUAACUUUGAUUUCGUCUUUGUAAUUUACACUGCGCCUUUAUAUAUUAUCCCUCUCUUUCUCUCUCUCUCCCUCUUUAAUAUAAGGUGUGUAUGUGUGUAUUCUUCAGCUAAAUAUUUUUCACAUUUCUGGAAGUUUGUCCACCUGAUGAUUAUUAUUUCUCUUUCAAGCUCUAAUCUCUCUCUCACACACACACAUACACGUGAAUACUUGAGAAACACUGUAUCUAAAAUAUUCUUGUUGUGUAUUAAUAUAGUUAUGAGUUAUAUCAAUAUGUGAUAUGAUAAAUAGUUCACCCAAGAGGAAGUUUUCCAAAGUGUUUUGUCACACCACUUGGUUUUGUUUUGUCAUCGGCUGAGAAGAGAAGGAAGGGGGG